AAAAUACGCCACGUUGCUUUCCCAUUCGCACUAUCCAAUCGCAAUCAAUUUUACUUUGAAUUUUACCUUGAAAAACAGAGAAAAGUACUUUUGCAAAGGGCAUAUACGUCUAUUAAGUAUACUUUUACCUACCCAACGGAGUCUUCUGCUGAUGUCUACUGCCACAAAACCCGCCUUCAGUCGUUCUUAUUCUCACACUCGGAGUACGUUAGUUGUUUUGUGAAAUUUUCCACUUUUACAGUGUAACAGGACUGAAUUGCUGGAGUCAAUGGCGGAGCCGGAGACCUUAAAGCCGACGACUCUCCGCCACGCUUUCGGAAAUGUGCUCUCCUUUUUCAUUCUGUUGCUAAUCGGCGCUCUCGCUUUCACGAUCCGUCUAUUUUCUGUUAUCAAGUACGAGAGUGUGAUUCACGAGUUCGAUCCUUAUUUCAAUUAUAGAGUGACUCAGUAUCUUACGAAAAGUGGAGUAUAUGAUUUCUGGAAUUGGUUUGAUGACCGAACUUGGUAUCCUCUUGGACGCGUUAUUGGGGGAACUGUUUACCCUGGACUUACCUUAACUGCGGGUACUUUAUGGAGGAUAUUUAACUCCUUGAAUAUUCCCCUGUCCGUGGAAACUGUUUGUGUCUUUACAGCUCCUAUCUUUUCCGCAUUUGCUUCAUGGGCAACAUACCUUCUGACAAAGGAAGUCAAAGGUGCUGGUGCUGGGUUGACUGCUGCCGCUCUUUUAGCCAUGGUGCCAUCAUAUAUCUCUCGAUCUGUGGCAGGCAGUUAUGACAAUGAAGCUGUGGCUAUAUUUGCUUUGAUUUUAACUUUUUAUCUCUAUAUAAAGACUCUGAACACAGGAUCGCUUUUUUAUGCUACUUUAAAUGCAAUAGCAUAUUUUUACAUGGUUUGUUCUUGGGGAGGAUACACAUUUAUUAUAAAUCUCAUUCCGAUGCAUGUUCUGCUGUGCAUUUUUACUGGUCGCUAUUCUUCAAGGCUCUACAUUGCUUAUGCUCCACUUGUUGUCUUGGGAACAUUGUUAGCAGCUUUGGUGCCUGUUGUAGGUUUUAAUGCUGUCAUGACAUCCGAGCAUUUUGCAUCAUUUCUUGCUAAAGUUUCCACGACCAAUGUCGAGUUUAUAGUGCUGAAAAUGAAUUUUGAAUAUUGUCGAUUUCUUGUGAAACUGGAGAUUGCCUUGUUGGUAGUGGUAGUGAGCCUACUGGCGCCUCAUAUGAAAAUAUCAAAGUGUGAUUGGUUGCAGGAUCUCAUUUUUGUGAGUAGUUUGAAAAUGGAUUGUUUGCUUCGCUGUUUUGGCUGUACUAGUAGCAUUGGUAGCUUCCAGCCCAACAAAAGGAUGGAGUGGAAGAAGUCUGAGCUUGCUGGAUCCACAGUCAACUUCGUAAGAAAUAUCGAUGCUUGCGCUUGGGGAAGGCGAAGGCCUGUUAGAUUUAGGUUUCAUACAGCUGACAUACUUUAUUUUUCUUUCCACCUUGUAUUUUCUUUCCGAAACGAAAAUGAGAACAGAACAUAUGCGAGCAAGUACAUACCAAUUAUUGCCAGUGUUAGCGAACAUCAACCGCCUACAUGGCCGUCGUACUUUAUGGACAUUAAUGUCUUGGCAUUUCUUGUUCCAGCUGGCAUCGUUGCCUGCUUUUUGCCGCUUUCUGAUGCAAGCUCUUUCGCGGUUCUUUAUAUUGUCACAUCAGUAUAUUUUUCUGGUGUCAUGGUGCGUCUGAUGCUUGUUCUUGCUCCAGCAGCUUGUAUAAUGUCUGGAAUUGCUCUUUCAGAAGCUUUUGAUGUUUUUACUAGAUCAGUUAAAUUUCACUUACUUGAUACAGUCCAAAAACCCCAUGUCAAUACAGGGGAUACCAACAAUGAUACGCAAAAUGAUGCAGUGAAGACUGAGAAGAAUGAGGACCCACUAAAGGACCGGUCUAGCAGAAAAAGUAAAAAGAAGGAAAAGGAGAGUGUAGAGAAAGUUUCACUUGUAUCCCGUAUAGAACGGAGGCUUCUGGUCUUACCAUUGGAGACUUCGCUCUUUGCCGUUUUCUUACUUGUUAUGCUGGGUGCUUUUUAUGUGGUCCAUUGUGUGUGGGCUGCUGCAGAGGCUUAUUCUGCUCCAUCCAUUGUGCUAACUUCCCAUUCUCGUGACGGUCUUCACGUCUUUGAUGAUUUCCGAGAGGCAUAUUCUUGGUUGAGUCAUAAUACGGAGGUGGACGAUAAAGUUGCAUCUUGGUGGGACUAUGGUUACCAAACUACUGCAAUGGCAAACCGCACUGUUAUUGUUGACAAUAACACCUGGAACAACACACACAUUGCUACUGUUGGUACAGCAAUGUCCUCCCCUGAGAAGGCAGCUUGGGAUAUUUUCAACUCAUUGGAUGUGAAAUAUGUUCUAGUUGUUUUUGGAGGGCUUGUUGGGUAUCCAAGUGAUGACAUUAACAAGUUUCUCUGGAUGGUUCGGAUAGGCGGGGGUGUAUUUCCUCACAUCAAGGAACCUGAUUAUUUGAGAGAUGGCCAGUACAGGAUUGAUUCCGAGGCAACUCCAACUAUGCUUAACUGCCUCAUGUACAAACUUUCAUAUUACAGAUUUGUGGAGACAGAUGGAAAAGGCUUUGAUAGGGUUAGACAUACUGAAAUUGGGAAGAAGUAUUUCAAACUCACCCACUUCGAAGAGGUGUUCACCACUCACCAUUGGAUGGUCCGAAUAUACAAGUUAAAAUCCCCAAAAAAUAGAAUUCGCGGGAAGACCAAGAAAUCUAAAUCGAAAGCUGGCUCCACAUCCAGCUCAAAAAGAAGCGGAACAAGAAAGAAGAAUAUUAAUCCCUGGGUUUAGCUCAACUUUGUGAUGCUCACUUGUGUACAACAAUCCAGGUGAAGGGUAGUGUUCACAGACUUACUUUCUAGAACGGACUUGUCUUUCAUCAAUACAAACCAGAAAAGGAAGUCAAAUUAAAGGACACAAUCUGUUAUGUUAUUCAAUGUGAGAUGCUUAAUAGGCUGUUAGCUGAGUUCACCAAUUUUUGAUAUGACAUUUAAGACGGCAACUCACUCCUCAAAACCACAUCUUUACUGUCCCGUGUUCAGGGAUAGCUUGGCAAACAACUCUUUAUACAAUCGACUAGUUGGAUUCUCACCGUGACCACCUCUGUUUUCUAUAUUUAUGUUUUUUUUUUGGGUUAUUUUAUUUUAUUGUGGCUGCACGUGCCUUCAAUUCUUAUCUUAUUGCGUCUAUUCAAUCACUAUUUUGUUACAAUUCUCUUCGGCCAAUACAAGUGAAGUUUCCGUCUGCGUGGUCACCGGGUGAAAUUGGACAGGUUAAUUGUUGGUUCAGGUCAGUUGAUUUAUGAACAAAACCUUUGUCCAUGGUUCUGGUUCAUAUGUAUUAGUGCUCAUAUCCAUGCACUUGCAGUUAUA